CGAAAGUCACGAGUCACAUGCUUGGAUCGAAUCUCAGGUAGCAUUUUGUCAAAAUCGGAGGAGAAAGAGUCUGAAAUUGCAGUGCGAAUCGGGAAUCUAGGGUUUCGAGAAAAUGGGUGGAGGACAUGGCGGAGGUUUAACUUACAAGGGAGUCACUGUACACACUCCCAAGACUUGGCACACCGUCACCGGAAAGGGCUUGUGCGCCGUUAUGUGGUUCUGGAUUCUGUACAGAGCAAAGCAAGAUGGUCCCGUAGUCAUGGGAUGGAGGCACCCGUGGGAUGGCCAUGGUGAUCAUGGUCAUGGGGAUCAUCACUAGAGUCUCAUCGUAACUUUGAAGAUCAUGGCGAAAAAUGAACGUCUCUUUUUUUUUUAAUAUUAAGCUUCAUAUGUCGAAAUAAAGAGAACUGUGAAGAAGACGUGAAUUGUUAUUGUACACAACUUUGUAAGACUUGCAACUUCUGUUUUAAGUUGCUACUUUGGAUUGCACUUCCCUGUUGAUGUUCUUUUGCUGUCUACAAAUGUUUUUGAAAUAAAAAAAACAACAAUCUCAAGGUUCGUGGUGUUAGAUCUCUAAGUGUGCGAGUUACAAAGAAUAUUCAAAAAAAUGUGUCAUAUGUAUAAAUCAGCUAGAAACCCAUUUUGAUUAUUGGAAGACAAAAUAUAUUAGAUCGCUUAAAAGCCUUUAACCCUAAUUUUCCAACGCAUUAGCCGGUACUAAACGGGUAAAUGAAUAAAUAUAGUGUUACAAACUCCCAAUAAGUUUGGAAAUCAAUCUAAUGUUAAUUAAAAAUGUUCACUAGCUUGCAACGCACCCUUACCAAACCGAACAUAUAAUAAAAAUCUAGCUGGUAAGAAUAUUAAGAAGUGAAACUCGUGUAUGAAUCAAUCGCCGGGAAAUAGACUCCAACUCUAUCUCAAGCUCGUCGACAGCAAUCUCCGCCGCUUCCAACCUCGUCGUCGCGCUCUGAACCGCGGUCUCGUCCCAUGUAUCAUCAAACCAGUACGAAGAUCGAAUGGUAAAGAUGGAAGACAAAGACCCUAUGCUCGAUCGCUUCUCUAGCCAAGGAAUACAACCAAGCGAGAACAAAGACUCAACCAUCGUCACAACGACUCUUUUCACUUCCUUCAAAACCUCCGCAACGAACAGAAGGCUCUGUUCCGUUGGCAUCGCUACUCUUCCUCCUCCGGUUCCUUUCAUGUUCUUCAAACAGUUUAAGCACUUGAGUGUCUCCUUCUUGAGCUUGUUCUUAUAUCGAUUAUACGCAGCGAUCUUCUCGUUGACAUCUGAUGAUUCGUUGCCACGUAGAGUCAGUUGUAGAUCUUGCAAGCUGUGUUUCACGAGCGUCAUCACAUCUUUGGAUACGUUACAGAUGUCUAACAUCCUCAACGAAGCUUCUGAAACUUGUUCGGUCCAUUUCUCUUGUCCUUGUUCAGACAGAGAUUCUCUUGCUUUGGGGCAGUAAUCGAGGAGAUAGUUUGCGCAGUCAUGUAGCUCCCUCAAACUCUCGAAGUUAAUCUCAUGAGCCAUAAAGAUCUUAAUCUUUUCGAGAUCUUUAGCUAGGAAUAAAAUAAAUAACUGAAUUAAAAGGCAGUUUUUGAUCUAAUUGUAAUCAGUUCUUAAGAACUUUUGAGAUUUUUUAAGCGAAGAAUAGAGAUAUAUUGAAUGUUUGUGUGAGAGGGAGAUUAUAUAGAGUGAAGAAGAGGGAUCUGAAGGAAAGUACGACGAAGGAUCCUUGAUUUGGGUUUUGUACGGACGUGGGACAUCUAGG